AUGCCGACCGACGACGCUGGUGAGGCGCUAUCCGCUCAAAGCGAGCUCAGACAUCGCGCGACUGCGCCUGCGAGCUCUCCCGACGACGACACGUCCACAGUCACUCCUUCGGCAUCAUCAAGCGCUCACGGUUCUUGGCAGGAUCAGCUGGCGCAGGCGAGGCGAACAAUGGCGGAGCGGAUGGAACAUGAGUGGGACGAACUCAGCAAGGAGGUUAACAUCGAGGGGCAGCGGGGUGAGGCAGUGUCGGGAGCAGGAGGAGUUUCCGAGGAGGCGAAUCUGCGGGCACGGCGGACAAGCUGGGCCAGCAGCGAGGGAGACGACGACGCUGUGGUACAGCAGCUCCUGCGGCCGAUCCCGUCGCCAACAGCCGAGGCAGUCGAGGAGGAGAAGCAGGACGAGGAGACCGCUUCUCCAGCGGACGAGAAGAUGUGCCGGAUCUGCUUUGCGGGUGAAGACGAGGAAGAGUCGGGCAAGCUGUUCAGUCCGUGUUUGUGUCGGGGAACGUCUCGCUACGUUCACACCAAAUGCCUCGAACAAUGGCGAAAAGCGGCACCAAACUCAACAGCCUUUUAUCAGUGCCCUUCCUGCGCGUACAAGUACCGCUUCCGCCGAACGACUGCCGCCCGCCUUCUCACCAACCCGCUCACCCUCACCCUCUUGACGAGCUGGAUCUUCGUCUUCCUCGUCUUCCUCUCCGGCUUCCUUGCCAACAGCCUCAUCUCGGUCGUCGAGACGCGCAACGCUGCCAUCUCAGGCAACGUGUUUGACGAUUGGUUUGUCGGCGACCACAUCCUCGUCGGCGAAGGCAUCCGCGAAGCCGUCUCCUUCAUCGAACACCGCCUCGAGGAGAGUCGCUGGACAGGCGGGCGCUCCCAUGCCAUGAACCGCGCGCUCGAGGGCUUCGACGGCUCGGAGGGCGAGUCGAUCUACCGCUUUGUCAACCCUCGUGCGGCAAGAAAGGCGCGCGAGAAGAAGCAGGAGCCAUCGUUGCUCGUGCGCGCCGUUUUGCACUUUACGAAGGGCUCCGCUCUGAUGGGCAUCAUGAGCGUAUUCUACUCCUACGUCGCCGCAACCUUCGUCUCUCCCCUCGGCCGCACCCUCUUCCGAGCGCUUCGACCAGCUGGCGGACGACGACGAGGCGCCGAGAACACAGGUUCAGUCUCGCAGCUCGUCAUCGUCGUCCUCGUCGUCCUCGGGAUCAUCAAGUCCGUCCGGCAGGUCUACCGUGGCGUGAAGUGGCUCACGAGGAAGGGUCUGUCGCGCGUCGAGGACCUUGUGAUCGAGGUUGGUGCGGCUUGA